UUUCAGUAGUAACAGAACUACUGAAAACUGCUCUAAGGAUAAAAUAAUUUUGUUUGAUAUAUCACAAGACUUGAAGGAUAUUAUACCACUGUCUUCACCAAACUACAUAUUUUAGGUUUUCUUGACAUUUUGCUGAAUUGUUAUCCAUAUUGCUGACUCAAUUGUAGUCUACAAAACUUCAUCAUCAGAAUUGACUUUGGACCCUAUAGCUUAUCAGCUCUCGCCUUGAUAUCUGAAAGCAGACGACACCUGCGAUCGUCAAUCGUAGCAUGCGCUCUCUGCCAAAUUGCAGUGGUGCUCCAACUUCACUAUCCAAGACAUCCCUUCGCGAUAUCAUCAUGGACCCAACCCAGAAUCUGAUGACGGCAUUGAAGUCGAAUAGCUUCUCACGUAUUCGAUCAGCCAUCAAAAUGCCCUGCGUCGACUUCAACUACCGUGACGCCGAGAUGGAUUGCCGCACGCCGCUUAUGAAGGUGUGUGCAGCGAGCGAGCCUUCCGCCACCGCCCGCCGUGACCUGGCCAAGCUCCUCCUCGCCAAGAACGUCGACGUCAACGUUGCGGAUAAGAAUGGGAUGACGGCGCUUGCCAUCGCCUGCGGUUGCGGGGACGUUGGAAUGGCGAGGUUGCUCGCCGAGAACAGCGACAUCGACCCCAACCUGGCUGACGUCGAUGGGAACACACCUCUUAUGCACGCUUGCCAAGCUGGACAUCCCGAGGUCGUCACUGCACUCGUCACCAUCUUCAAGAGAUUUGGACUACGAGUUGACGAAACUAACGACCAAGGUGUCACACCACUGAUGGAGGCAGCUCGUGCAGGAAACACUGCAAUCUGUAGAGCCCUUGUACAAGAAGGUCGUGCAGAUGUCAACAUUCGUGAGUCAACGUCCCACUGCACAGCAUUCGAUUUCGCCAUCGAAAGUGGGCGCUGUUCCACUCCCGAGCUCCUGCUACUAUCACCGGUGGCACAGAGGAAGCUGAACGCCAGGCAGCAUCGUGAGGCUUCAGGUCACAAGACUCUGAAGGAGGUGAUCGAGAACUCCAACAUGCAUUGUCCAAGGAGUGAAUGGCUGAAACCCACAAAACUAUCGGUGGCUUCGAAAUACGAGGCAUACCCGCUUCCGAUGGAAUACGCACAACAUGCAAACAGCAUGGUUUUCCAGGUUAGCAAACGACUCCAGAGGUUGUCAGAAGAUUCAGAGGGUGAGAUAAAGGAGGAAGCAGAGAUGGAGGAGGAGAGAAAACAAGCACCAAUCAGGAGAAGGUAUUCAUUGCCAUCAGCACGUCGUUGCGUGUAUGGUGGUGGUCCCAACAAACUCCACAGGAACACACCUUUCCACAACCAGACAGCCUCCGGAUCUCCAAGACUUGCCCGUGGCAAAGGCACCCCAGCCUGGCUCAAACUCCCGCCCGUUCCUGAGACAACUUCCCUGUCUCGCACUCCUUCCCCGUCCGAACGCAUAGUAGAAGAACCGUCCACGGUCGCCACCACCGCCACCACCACUCUGUCCGAAAAGGUGUCGCCUUUAAGCCCCAAGCCAAACAGCAGCUACUCCAGGGUGCGAUCAUUGAGUCCAACCAGAGGCCCGACGCUCAAAUCAAUCCGUGUCCUUCCUUCCAACGGCAGUGUCCAAUCCAGGAGGGUUUCACACGAGCCUUCCAUCGCCAGUAUGUCCUCUCACAGGCGACCUACCCUAAGGAUAUCACACUCAUGGGAAGGGAGACCAUCAAAUGCAGUGCCCUCAUAUUUAUUCAGAUGAGCAACAAGACAUUUCUGAACUUUGAACACUAAAAUGUGCUGCCACCCUUACCUUUAUCAAUACUAUGAUUCGAGUGCAAUUUGUGUAUUACCGCAUUUCCGUCACAUUGUGAAUAACGAGAAUCAUAUUUGUGUAUUUCUUGUCACUUUACAUAACGAUAUCGUAAGAGAUAUAUGUUUCUGGGCGACGCGCUUUAAAUAUCGAAGGGACUUUACAAACUAAGAAACUAUUCUCGUAAUACCUCCCUGUGAUGGUUAAGUACUAUUGUGCAAUAACAUACGUUCGACAAAAUUUACAGACUGAAAUAAAAUUUAAGAUAUUAAAAUAAUUUAAAACUAUUUAUCAUAUUCUUCUUUUGGAAUCAUGAUAAUAUCAAAGUAGAUUUUAGCGGUCUGUUUUGACAAGUGGCUUAACAAUAAAGAAAAUCAAACAGAAAUAAAUAAAUCAAAUCAAUCAAAUCAAAUCAAAUCAAGUCAAAUAAUCGAAGAAAAAUGUAACUUUACAAAUUGAUAUUUGAAGUUGUUGCUUAUAUAAAUCCAAUUAAUCUGUACUCUAUUGAUAUAAAAUGCCACGCACAAAGAUUAAUUUAUAUGUCUCACUGCUAAAUCAUAAUUAUUCAUAUUUAUACCGUCUUUGUGCUUAUUUCACUAACCGGCAAUGCUGGGCACCAAAUGAUAUACAUUGUCAUAUUGUGUAAAUUAUUGAGAAAAGAAGAAUUAUAUUUAUAUCGCUUACAAACUGAAA